AUGCGUCCGUACUCGAGUUUCAACAGAGAUCAUAACUACAUACUCACCAUCAUCGAUGCGAGCAAGUACGCCUGGGUCGUAUCGCUCAAGAGCAAGAAACUCUUGAAAAAACACAACGUUAAUCAUUAUUCCACAUAUAUGGUGAAGGCAUAUCGCUCGAUCGUCGAGCGAUUCAAUCGCACUUUUAAGAACGACAUGUGGAAGAUGUUUAUGCUCAAUGACACUUACAAAUGGGUCGACGCGCUAUCUCGUCUCGUGUCAGAUUACACCGCGCGCAAGCAUCGCACUAUCGGCAUGCGAUUCGCUGACGUAACUCCCCCGAUCGUCAAAAGACUCUUGGACGGUGUACAGCACGACAAAGAUCGCAAAUCCAGCAAAAUUCAAAGUAGGCCAUUCGAUACGCGUGAACAAGUACAAGACAGUUUUCGAAAAAGGACAGUUUACACGCCAAAUUGGAUCACCGAGGUGUUUAAGAUCGUUAAAGUGCAGCAUACUAAUCCUGUAACAUAUCUGAGGAUUAUCGCAGAAAAGCCGUCGCUGGAGCUCUACGAGCACGAGUUGCAUCGCGCGACUCAUCCGGACGCGUAUCUCGUGGAGAAAGUACUGCGCAAGAAAGGUUUACGUCAAGUGGUUGGGAUUCGAUGGAUCGCACAAUUCGUGGAUAAACAAAAGCAGU